CUGUAAUAAUAAUUUCAUGACGCAAAACAAAAAUAAUAUUUUGAUUUAUUUGCAAUAUUUAAGUUUAAUUAUCUUCGUUAAAAUACGCACUUAAAAAUAAAGAAGAACCUGUUCUGUGGUAUAGCUAGCGAUUGUGUGAACUAAGAGUUAAGACUCCGUGUUUUAAACUUGUGAAGUCUAAGGGGUCUAAUUUCUAUUAAUAAUUGUGUAAAUAGAUUAAAUUUGCUCUUUCUCCACGAUAUGGAUUGCGUUACAACAUUAAAGAUUCUUGUAAUAGGUGAAAGUGGAGUAGGAAAAUCCAGUAUCAUUUUGGCAUUUACAACAGGCAGCUAUAAUGCAUCAUUCCCAGCAACAAUUGGUGUUGAUUACAAAUGUAAAGUUAUGGAAGUGAAUGGUCUAAAAGUUAAGCUUGGUAUUUGGGACACCGCUGGUCAGGAGAGAUAUAGGACAUUGACAAACAGUUUUUACAGAGAUGCACAUGGAGCAAUAUUAGUAUAUGAUGUAUCAGAACCAAAAUCAUUAGCAAAAUUAAAUGAGUGGGUUGAAGAACUGCAAGUGUAUUCAACAAAGAAAAAUAUUGUCUGUCUUGUUGUCGGGAACAAAAUUGAUAAGGAUCGAGUAGUGACUCGUGAAGCAGGCCAGGCAUUUGCGCAGAAACACCGAAUGUUAUUCAUUGAAAGCAGCGCGAAGACACAAGAAGGCAUCAACUUGGCGUUCGAAGAACUUGUACAAAAAAUUAUCGAAACACCUGGUCUUUGGGAGUCGUCAGGGUCAUCUUCGAAUAUUCGUAUCUCGAACGAAGAGCGGAGACAGCAGGAGUCUUCCUGCUAUGACUAUACAUGUUCUAUAUAAUAUUAUUUUAAUGUUCGCUUGGUUGGCUAAUAUCGGCGAAUUCCAUUAUACUAAAUAUAUGUCACGGUACGGUUUUAUUCACUUCGCUUUCACCUCAAAUCAUAAAAUAGUUUAAUUUUACUCUUAUUGUUAAGAGAAUUAAUUGGAUUUCGGUAAUCCUAUGUAAAAAAUGGAAAUAAAUGUAAAUCAAUGAAGGCAUUUUGAUGAACUUUUAGUGUUUAAACUCAGCCCUUGGGGAUUCCUUUAUUUGGUAACAUACAAUAGGUGUUAAUGCAAAUAUAUUGUACAUACAUUGGUUUAUACAGGAUUAAAAAGCAUGUACUUUGCACCAAAAACAUAUAAUCUUCAUUUGAAUAUCCUAUAUAGCCAACCCAAAGUGAUGUUUUUCUGUAAAUAAUUGUGAUAUUUAUGACAUUUGUAUAAUAACAAUAGCUAAUAUAGAACUGGAUUUAAUAAAGUUAAUGCUUUUUAAAUA